GGUUCUCGCGGCUAUGUGGCCGAUCUAUUUAAUUCCCCACGGACUCUGCGAGUUUCCCGGACGACUAAAGCCCUAAUUCGGCUCCAUAAACCCUAAUUUGCGGCCUCCGGCUACUCUCUGAGGAUCUGUCGUCGGACUCCGAGCUUCAGCAUACCUAAUCAAUCACCAGGUUGUCAAUUGUUCGUGGAGAUAAUGGCGACUCGUCUUCAGUUUGAGAACUCGUGCGAAGUUGGGGUUUUCUCUAAGCUGACAAACGCCUAUUGCUUGGUGGCAAUCGGAGGAUCCGAGAAUUUCUACAGUACAUUCGAGGAUGAGCUUGCAGAUGUUAUCCCUGUCGUUAAAACCUCCAUUGGCGGCACUCGGAUCAUAGGUCGGCUUUGUGCAGGAAACAAGAAUGGACUUCUCUUGCCUCAUACAACAACUGAUCAAGAGCUGCAACAUUUGAGGAACAGUGUGCCAGAUCAAGUUGUUGUCCAGCGUAUAGAAGAGAGACUGUCUGCUCUCGGAAAUUGCAUAGCAUGCAAUGACCAUGUGGCUCUUACGCAUCCUGACCUCGACAAGGAAACAGAGGAGAUGAUUGCCGAUGUCCUUGGAGUGGAAGUGUUCAGGCAGACCAUCGCUGGCAACAUUCUCGUGGGAAGCUACUGUGCUUUCUCCAACAGAGGUGGCCUGGUCCAUCCCCACACCUCCGUUGAAGACUUGGAUGAGCUCUCAACUCUCCUCCAGGUCCCCUUAGUGGCUGGGACAGUGAACCGUGGCAGCGAGGUGAUAGCCGCAGGCAUGACCGUGAAUGACUGGACAUCCUUUUGCGGGUCCGACACCACAGCCACGGAGUUGUCCGUUAUCGAGAGCGUCUUCAAGCUGAGGGAAGCCCAGCCUAGUGCCAUUGUUGAUGAGAUGAGGAAGUCGCUCAUUGACAGCUAUGUGUGAAAUCAGGUCCUGAAGUUUUGUCUGUUAGUAUCAAUGAUAAUAGUUUUUUGCCUUGUUGGUCCAAAGUGUUAAUAUAGUAUUCCGAAGUCUUGACUAAACUUCUUGUCUUGUUAAUCCUCGGAAAGCUGUUUAACAAUCAGCCAUAUUGUGGCUUUGGAACCUGUUUUUCUUUUUAGUGCUUUUAUUUAUGAUGUAUAAGACAGUUGUGGUAAUGUUAUCAUUUGGUAAACGAUCCAAUUUUAUCGAGGAAUAUACAUGCU